AUGUUGGGGCGACAGCAGACACCGAGCGCAGUGCGCGCACUGCCCAGCAUCGUACAACCCGGGCGCAUCCUGCUACCCCGCAAGUUGAGGCGCCCCGCUCCGAUUCGCGUGGCCACGCCCCUCGAAUCGACCGACCUGGAUGUUGAGGCGCGUGACCCCCGUGACCUGGGUGUCUACGUCUUCGGCGAGCGCACCGCGCUGCACGUCGGCUUCCAGGGCCCGGGGUGGACGCUGGACAAGAGCCCCGAGACAGGCUACAUCUUUUCACUGGUUGACUACGCCAGCCCCGGCCGCGUGCGCCUGGCGUUCGGCUCAACGGUGGGCAAGGACGACGCCGGGGAUACUGUGUACGACUGGGGCCGCCGCGGCUGGGGCGGCGACGACCACUGCCUGUCAAAUUCGUUGGGGGACGAGAAGCCCCGGUUCUACCUGACAGCGCGGCAGACCGCGCAGAUCCUGGCGGCACCGUGGGCGCAGCACAGCUUCGACUUUCAUUUCAAGGGCUGGCGCGGCGACAAGGAUGGAUGCCCAAUUAUUCAGAACGAAAGCGACCGCACUGGCGGCAUCGCCAUGACCAAGACGCUGACCUGGACGCCCCUGCCAACCGCCCCUCUCAAUGGAGCCAAUGUCAGCAGCGCAGCGCCCAGCAGCAGCAGCAGCUCUGGCGCUCGCGGCGGCUGCGGCGGAUGUGCCGCCUAUGAAGUGUCGCUGUCCCUGCACUGCAGCGACGGCUUCUCCGCCGCUGUGCGGGCAGAGCUGGAUCCUGCAGACUACCUAAUCUUUGAGGAGUGCGUGAGGUUUGCGAUCCCGCACCUGCUGGGGCUGCACGGCGCGUUCCGGCUGCCUGUGAGGGAGGACUACGAGCAGGACAUGAUCUUGUAG